UCUACUGUCGGACAAAAUGGCGUUUGUUGGGACGAGACUGCUCUUUAGGAGCUUGCAGGUUGUGCGGCUAAAUUCACCGCUUUUACGAGGGGCAGUUCCUGCCAAAUGUGCCCCAAAGAAUAGUCAAGCUGGAGCCCUCAUCGCUAGAGGGAUGGCUGGAGGGGGUGGGAAGAUGUUCAUCAAAGCUUCCAGAUACACAGAUCUACGGUUUCUCAGAGCCAUGAGAUACUACUUCCUGCUGACUGGAGUACCCGUAGUCAUUGUGAUUACCCUCAUCAAUGUAUUUAUAGGAGAGGCAGAGUAUGCUGAGACACCUGAAGAUUAUGUCCCAAAGCAUUGGGAACAUUACAAGCAUCCAAUCACAAGGUGGCUUUCAAGAUUUGUCAUACCCAGUCCACAGCAGGAGUACGAGAAGAUGGCUCAUUUCAUGGACAUUGAAGGACAGAAGAUAAAGGCGAGGAGCGAAGAACGAGAGGUCAAACGUCUGAUGAGGUCAAGGGGCGAAGGUCACUGGUAUUACUACCCCGUAGCGACCCCGCCCAACUGGAAGUCCCAAGAGGAGAUGAAGGAAUAGUGUUGAAAAUUAUUUCUCCGGCUAGAUUGGAAAAUCAAUAAAUUGUAAAUAGGAUGUUUUAUGAUGAAAGAGGGAUUCUAUUCAUGAUUUCAUAGCAUAUUGAGAGAGAUAGUUGUGACAUGACAUGUGCAUAUAUACCAAUACAUGAGUGGGGUCCGAGGUUAAAUCAUGGAGCUGCUUUUGAAUGUCUAUAUUGUGGACGAAAGUGAAAAGUGUGACAAAAUGUGACGAAAGUUGGCAAUGAAGGUUUGGUCUAUUGAUUGAUCAUAGCGAGCAAGGAGUCGCAGGGAAAUGGCUAUUUGUAUAUUCAUCUCUCGGGGAAAUGCAAUGAAUUUUUCGUACACACGACACAAGUGUAAGUACAAUGACGAAUACCAUUGCCCUCAUGAGGUAACAGAGUUUACUUCAAACAUUUUCCUCUGGAAAAUAAUGAACAACCUCCUUUAAAUUUGGUAACAAAUUAUUAAGACGAUGAAAGGUUGCUUAAUGGUACAACUUUCAGUGAUAGUAUUUCAUUGUAUAAAAUUAUAAAUGUACAUUCACAGUCAAAUCUAGGGAAGCAACAACACUGCUCAUAUAUUGAUAACUUGAGUACAAGGAUCUUUGUCCAACUGUUAUUUUCACCAUUGAUGUACAUGUCAAGUAGGAAAGCAGAAGAGUGCCCUCAGUUGUUCAAAGUUAGCUAUUUUUCACAAACAGCACUUUUACUUUGAAGAGGGCAAAUUAUUCAUGCCCAUAUUUGGCGGUUUGGAGUGAGAAUGGUCAUGAAUAUUGUCCUUUUUUUGUUAUCGUUUGAGUAUUGAUAAUAAACUUUGACUAAAAUGUACACGAAAA